GGAGCUGCUGGGAACAUGGGGAGAGGUCCUGCAGCUUUCCCUGGAGCGGGUUCCAUCCUCCUGGAACGGGAACCUCCAGCCCGAACCCAGGUGCCGGGAGGUCCCCGCCGCGCUGCUGCUGUGCGCGGCCGCCUGGAGCUGCGCCGCGGGCCAUGCCCCGGAGCCGGACCAGCUGUUCCGCGUGCCCCCGGCUGGACCCACAGCGGCCGUGUGGACCCCCGGCACGGGGUGCAGUUGACCUUCGCCCUGCGGCAGCGCGGUGCCCAGCGCCUCGCACAAAUCGUCGACGCCGUCUCGGACCCCCGCUCGCCACGAUACGGGCAGUACCUGUCCCUGGAGCAGGUGAGGGACCUGGUGCAGCCGUCCCCCACCACUCUGCUGACGGUGCUGAAGUGGCUGCAGGGGCACGGCGUGGAGAACUGCCAGAGUGUCACCACCAGGGACUUCGUGGAGUGCCACAUGCCAGCCAGCACAGCUGAGCGUCUCCUGCCCGGGGCCGAGUUCCACCGCUUUGUGAAGGGUCAGCAGAGCACCGUGCGCUCCCCACGCCCCUACACUGUCCCUGACGAGCUGGCCCAGCACCUCGACUUUGUGAGUGGCCUGCACCGCUUCCCCCCUGAGAGGAGGGGGUCCAGCAGCACCAGGGACACAAAGGAUGUGGGGUCGGGGCAGCCCCCCCGUGGGGUGGCAUUCCACCUGGGGGUGACACCCUCCAUCCUGAGGAAGAGGUACAACAUGACAGCUGGGGACGUCGGGGUGGUGGCCAACAACAGCCAAGCCUGUGCACAGUUCCUGGAGCAGUAUUUCCACCAGGCUGACCUGGCUGAGUUCAUGCAGCUCUUUGGUAGCAGCUUUGCCCAUCGCUCCCAAGUUGACCGAGUGGUUGGGCACCAGGGCAGGGGCAAGGCUGGGCUGGAGGCCAGCCUGGAUGUGGAGUACAUCAUGAGCACGGGUGCCAACAUCUCCACCUGGGUCUUCAGCAACUCAGGGCGACACGAGAGCCAGGAGCCCUUCCUGGCCUGGCUGCUGCUGCUCAGCAACAUGUCCUCCCUGCCCUGGGUGCACACAGUCAGCUACGGGGACGACGAGGACAGCCUCUCCCUGGCCUACAUGGAGAGGGUCAACCUGGAGUUCAUGAAGGCUGCUGCACGGGGCCUCACCAUCCUCUUUGCCUCAGGUGACGACGGUGCAGGGUGCAGGAGGGUCCCUGGUGGGAACCACACUUUCCGGCCCAGCUUUCCAGCCUCCAGCCCCUAUGUCACCACAGUGGGUGGCACGUCCUUCAAGAACCCCUUCCUGGUGACAGCUGAGGUGACCGACUACAUCAGUGGCGGGGGCUUCAGCAACGUCUUCCCCAUGCCGCAGUACCAGGCUGCUGCCGUGGGUCGGUUCCUGCGAUCGGCCCCCAAGCUGCCCCCCGGCUCCUACUUCAACCGCAGCGGCCGCGCGUACCCCGACGUGGCCGCCCUCUCCGACAACUACUGGGUGGUGACCAACCGUGUCCCCCUGCCCUGGGUGUCCGGGACCUCGGCCUCCACCCCGGUGGUGGGGGGUAUGGUGGCCCUGAUCAAUGACCGGCGGCUGGGGAGGGGGCUGCCGCCCCUCGGCUUCCUCAACCCCGCGCUCUACCGCCUGGCGGGGGGCGGCCACAGCGACGCCAUCUACGACGUGACGCACGGCUGCCACCUCUCCUGCCUGGAUGGCACCGUGCAGGGUCAAGGCUUCUGCGCGGGCCCCGCCUGGGACCCUGUCACCGGAUGGGGCACCCCCAACUUCCCGGGGCUGCUGCGGGCGCUGUUGGCGCCAUGAGCCCCCGGGACCGAGACCGCCGGCACGGGAACCGAGACCACCCGAACCGAGACCCCCGGCACCGGGACCCAGCGGGGGCACGUGGGCGGGGCUAAUAAACUGCUGGCCACGCCCC